AUGCUGGGCCUGGGUCUGCCUGCCAACAGCCUCCUUAAGGAAUGCAGCAGCUACGACACGGUCGGCAACGGGUACUUCAGCCUGACCAUUCAUGCCAUUCCUGCCAGAUGGAGACGCCUGGCUGUGAUCACCAGCGCAUUCCACAUGCCGCGAGCGCGUGCCAUAUUUGACACGACCUACGGCCUGGCGACCAGGUCCCUUCUCGGCGGCCCCUUUGCGCUGUCCUACCACGAGGCCAGCGACGAGGGCCUGUUUGACCCCGAGGUGCUGGCCACCCGCGUCGCCAAGGAGCAGGCUGCUGUCGCAACCUGGCAGAGGGACACCUCGGCCUUUGCCCGCCUGGCGGACCUGCAUGCCUGGCUGCAUGCCACGCACCUCUGCUAUGCAGUCUACCGUCAGCACGAGGUGGCUGCCAAGGACGACCCCAAACUGGCAGCCACAUACUGA